GUUCCGCUCAGGAGAGGCUCAGAACCAUCACUCUGACAGCAGUGAAGGAACAAGGACUUGGGUCGAUCCAGUGACAGACACAGCCAUGGCUCCAAGCAGACCCCGCCCUGUGCUCCUGCUGACCCUCGCCCUGCUGGCUGCCUGUGUGGCUCUGACCCUCGGACAGAAGUGGAACCCACUGCAUGACAUAUUCCGGAAAGAACAUGUGGACAACCCCAAGACCGUCGCCACCAACAACAAUGCCUAUUGCAACAGGAUGAUGUGGGACCGGGUGAUGUACUGGAAAUACAGCAACACCUUCAUCCAUGAAACACCCGAGAACAUCACCAAAGUCUGCACAACAGAGGGGGUAGCCAACGGGCCCUACCGGUACGAGAGCAAGAAUGAAUUCAACAUCACCACCUGCACAUUUAACCCCUGGAGCAUCUCUUACACCGGGAUCAGCGCAUCACAAAAAAUCGUCAUUGCCUGUUGGGAUGGUCUCCCUGUUUUCUAUGUGAAGAGCAAAUAG